ACCAUAUCAGCCAUUAGAAACCAAUCGACGAACGAAACGUGGAAGAGAAACAACAAAGUAUUUAUUCUUGGGAUCUUAUAAAACAGCUACGUCGUAGUAACAUUGUUUAAACUGAGAGCAACCUUGGUGGAAAUUAGGACACGAGAGCAAAGAUACAACAGGAAUUUUAGUUCUUGGUUAGAGAAAUUUUGUUUUGAACGAAAUUGAAAGUGAAAAAAUCUAAUAUUUAUUAAUCAUAACAAGCUGAAAAUGAACUCCAAGGAGUCGUGGAAAAUCUGCCUUUUCGUCGUGUUUGUAUUGAUUUCUUAUUCUGCUUUCUCAGAAGGUUGGAAGGACGAUAGAGUCAAACUAAAUGAUGUCAAUGUGUUGACUCUACGUCAAGGUCACAUGAGCAAUGGCCGUAGAUCUGCACCUGUUCCACAAAUGAAGUGUGUUGGUGGUUCUGCUGGGUGUUCAGCAUUUGUGCCCAAGGUCGUUCAGUGUUAUAACAGAGGAUCUGAUGGAUAUGAUGUACAGUGGGARUGCAAGGCUGACAUGGACAAUGGGUAUAGGUUUGGUGAGAUUUCCGUCAGCUGUGAAGGAUAUGACUAUCCAGAGGAUUCUUACAUCCUGAAAGGAUCUUGCGGGAGAGCUCAUACAACCAACACUAGCAGCUCAUCCAGUAGCUCAUCCAGUGGCCUUGGUGGAUUCUGGUCAGGAUUUGGUACAGGGGGCCUAGCUGGAUAUCUUUUUGGAUCUUCAAGAGGACAUGACAGGACUGGUUAUUACCACCAUGAUCCAUAUUACACUCCUGGAUACAAUAGAGGAUAUGGCAAUGGCUGGUUCGGUAGUAGCAGUGGCAACACAGGCUGGUUUAGUGGUAACAGCGGCAACACAGGCUGGUUUGGUGGUAACAGUGGCAACACAGGCUGGUUUGGUGGUAACAGUGGCAACACCGGCUGGUUUUCUAAUCGCGGCAGUUCAGGAUCAACUUUUGGUACCACCCAUAGGAGGUCUAGCCCAACAAGUUCUAGUUCAGGUUCAAGCACUUCCUCAGGAUUUGGAGGGACAAAGAGGCGCUGAAAGUAGUUUUCCCUAUCCACAAGGAUUUAUUUUCUCCAAGAUGAACCAUGCACAUAGGGGAAGUACUAACCCACCUACAGGAUGACUGUUAUAUAGAUCCUGGAAACCGAUAUGGAUAAAAACUUAUUGAAACACAUUUAUGUAAUGACUGCACUGGCAGGAUAAAGAGGCACUGAUAGGAGUAAAUUCUAACAAGGGACAUAUUGGCCUUGAAACAGCAACAUGAAAGCCACAGACUAGCAAUGGACAACAGACUGCACUAAUAAAUUGCUGUCACCAGCAAGGCCGUGUUAGGGAUAACAUUUUCGACUAGCGACACAAGAACAUUCUGAAAUUGAUUGAUAUUACUUCUCAAUUAUCGAUUUUAUAAUAAAAUUGAAUGAUAAAAACA